CAACCUGUGUCUGUUUGGUAAGUAGUAAAAAUGAAGCAAUGGAAAUUAGAACCAACUAUCUCUAUCUGUUAGUUCUGAAAUAUCUUAGGUGAUAAGAUAGCAGCAUUUACUAAUGAUAACAACGUAAAUUUUCGACGUCAAUCGCAAUCAAUAUGGUAUUAUACGAAGCACAAUAUCGUUUAUUAGUAUUUCCAUAACAUGGAUACCAAUAAUGGCGUAAAUCCGACUGAAAGUGUUCCGAGUUCAGCAGUGCUAUCCAUACAGUCGGAAACAGUGACGUUCCACAGAGAACCGCCGCCGCCGUACGACUCUCUGGACGGAACAGUGACGACCCAACCAAUAGUUCAGACCAUAAUCAUCCAGCCGACUCUUAAGAAUGAACCCAUGUACUAUAUCUGCCACAAAUGCGAAGAAAGGGUGCUCACUAAAGUGAAGUAUGAAAGCACGAAGAAGACACACAUGCUAGCCGGUUUUGUUUUCGGAUUUACACUUUGGUGCUCACUGUGCUGCCUAGCCGCAAUACCUUAUCUGAUGAAAACAUUCAAGAAAGCGCAUCAUUAUUGUCCGAAUUGCGAUUCGUACUUGGGUGCUUAUUCUAAAAUAUAACAAAUCCUAUUAUUAUUCCCUAAUAUGGUCUCAAUAGUUUGAUACUCAUCAACAUCGGUGCCCCAUUUUUUUAAUUGUAUGUUGUUGGAUGGUAAGUUGAAGUGUUGAGCCUUGACAAUCUUCGCUCAGAAUUACAUUUUCAUAAAAUAAAUGCUUUUCCCAACUAGA